AAUUUUGGUGCCCAGAGGCAAACUAUGUUGGAAAAAAUUUGUGAGCGCAUAAAAAAUUGGCCCCUCUCUUCUUUUUAACACUCCAUCUCCCUCCCUCCAUCCUCUCACUCCCAUUCUCUUUCUUCCUCCUCCAUCGAUCUCCGGUCGUCCUCCUCCAGACGAACCUCUCUUACUUUCUUUACUCGCGUUCUAGUUUGUUCUUCGGACUUACCUCCAUUGAACGAACACCGCUCCCUCAUUCAAGAGGAAUUUCCCAUCAUCGCCGAAUAAUUCAGAGUCGACUCCUCCAUCGAUCUCUGUAACCUCGACGACCUCUUCUCUUUUCUUAUACCCCAUCAAAAAAAGAAAAUCCCUAUACAUCGACAUCAUGCCUACCGAGAACCAGCAGUCGAUCAAGGUCUUGGACGAGCUUUUCCAGAAGCUCACCGUGUCCAAGGAGUCCGCUGAUAUCAAGGAGUCCUCCAACGAGCUGGCCUCUUUCAUCAACGGCCGCAUCGGCGACCAGGUCGUCCCUGAUAAUGUCAUCGAGGGCCUGAAGAAGCAGCUCGCCAACAAGAAGGACGCCGUCGCCCGUGAGAAGGCUUGCGUCGCCAUUGAGGCUAUUGCUUCUCACUCCGAGGUCUCCGCUUCCGUCGAGCCCUACCUCGUCGUCCUCCUCCCCAGUGUUCUUGCCGCCGUUGGCGACAAGAUCACCGCUGUCAAGAAUGCUGCUCAGAGCGCCGUUCUCGCCAUCGCUGGCGGCAUCAACGCCAACGCUGUCAAGGCUGCUCUUCCUUACGUCAUGGAGUCUAUCCGAACCGCCCAGAAGUGGCCUGAGAAGAUGGCUGCUCUCGACUUCGUCGAGGCUCUCGUCAAGAGCUCUCCUGCCCAGCUCGCCUACCGUGUCCCUGAGCUCAUUCCCGUCAUCUCCGAGUCCAUGUGGGACACCAAGAAGGAGGUCAAGGAGCGUGCCUACAAGACCAUGGAGCAGCUUUGCCAGCUGAUUGUCAACAAGGAUAUUGAGCGCUUCAUUCCCGAGCUCAUCAAGUGCAUCGCCAAGCCUGAGAACGUUCCCGAGACCGUUCACUUGCUCGGUGCCACCACUUUCGUCACUGAGGUCCAGGAGCCCACUCUUGCCCUCAUGGUUCCCCUUCUGGAUCGUGGUCUGGCUGAGCGUGACACCGCUAUCAAGCGAAAGUCCGCUGUCAUUGUUGACAACAUGUGCAAGCUCGUCGACGACCCCAACAUCGUUGCUCCUUUCUUGCCUAAGAUGAUGCCAGGUCUCCAGAAGAACUACGAGAACUUGGCUGACCCCGAGGCUCGUGACAAGACCAAGCAGGCUCUUGACACUCUCACCCGUGUCGGUAACAUCAAAGACGGUGUCAUCCCUGAGGCUCGUCACGACGGUGCCAUCAAUGUCAUCCUCCCCAAGGUCAAGGCCGCCCUCUCCCCCAAGUUCGCCAACUACGUUGAGAAGAUGGGCCCCGUUGCUGAGUACAUCGCUGCUAUCGCUGGUCAGCUUGUUGACGAGAAGGAGACCGAGUCCAUGAUCUGGGUCGACAACCUCAAGGCCUACGUCUCUGUCAUUGCUGGCAUUGACAACUCUGAGUCUCUCGUCGAGGCCAUCCGCAAGACUGCUCUUCCCGGUGCCGUCGCCGAGGCCGAGGCCGAGGAGGAUGAGGAGGAGGGUGAGGAUCUUUGCAACUGUACCUUCUCUCUUGCCUACGGUGCCAAGAUUCUUCUCAACCAGACUCAUCUCCGCCUCAAGCGUGGUCAGCGUUACGGUCUUUGCGGUCCCAACGGUUCCGGAAAGUCCACUCUCAUGCGCGCCAUCAACAACGAGCAGGUUGAGGGUUUCCCUAAGCAGAGCGAGGUCAAGACUGUCUUCGUCGAGCACGACCUUGACUCCGCUGAUACUGAGAUGACCACCAUUGACUGGACCAUGAAGAAGCUCGAGGAGGCUGGUGUCACCACCACCCAGGCUGAUGUCGAGAAGCAGCUCAUCGAGUUCGGCUUCACUGAGCAGAUGAUCAAGGGUGAGAUCAGCGCCCUUUCUGGUGGUUGGAAGAUGAAGCUCGCUCUGUGCCGUGCCGUCUUCGAGGCUCCCGAUAUUCUGCUUCUUGACGAGCCUACCAACCAUUUGGAUGUGAAGAACGUUAAGUGGCUCGAGGAGUACCUCAUCAACUCUCCUUGCACUUCCAUCAUCGUCUCUCACGACUCUGGUUUCCUCGACAACGUCUGCCAGCACAUCGUCCACUACGAGCGCUUCAAGCUCAAGCGCUACAAGGGUAACCUGGCUGCCUUCGUCGCCCGCAACCCCUCUGCCAAGUCUUACUACGAGCUUGGUGAAUCCGAGAUGGAGUUCACUUUCCCUGAGCCCGGUUUCCUCGAGGGUGUCAAGACCAAGGCCAAGGCCAUUCUCCGUGCCACCAACAUGUCCUUCCAGUACCCUGGUACCUCCAAGCCUCAGAUCCAGGAUAUCUCCUUCCAGUGCUCUCUGGGCUCCCGUAUUGCCGUCAUCGGUCCCAACGGUGCUGGCAAGUCUACUCUGAUCAAUGUGCUCACUGGUGAGCUCAUUCCCACUCAGGGUGAGAUCUACCAGCACGAGAACAUCCGUAUCGCCUACAUCAAGCAGCAUGCUUUCGCUCACAUCGAUAACCAUCUCGACAAGACUCCUUCAGAGUACAUUCAAUGGCGAUUCCAGACUGGUGAGGAUCGUGAGACCAUGGACCGUGCCAACAAGGUCAUCACCGAGGCCGACGAGAAGGCCAUGGACAAGAUCUUCCGCAUUGAGGGCUCUCAGCGUCGUGUUAUCGGCAUCAACAGCCGAAGAAAGUUCAAGAACUCUUACGAGUACGAGUGUUCGUUCGCUCUUGGUGAGAACGUUGGCAUGAAGAACGAGCGAUGGACUCCCAUGAUGACUGCUGACAACGCCUGGUUGCCCCGAAACGAGCUUCUGGCUUCUCACCAGAAGAUGGUUGCUGAUGUCGAUAUGAAGGAGGCUCUUGCCUCUGGUCAGUUCCGACCUCUGGUCCGAAAGGAGAUUGAGUCUCACUGCGCCAACUUCGGUCUCGAUGCUGAGCUUGUUUCUCACUCUCGCAUGCGUGGUCUGUCUGGUGGUCAGCGUGUCAAGACUGUCCUUGCCGCUUGCUCUUGGCAGCGACCUCAUCUUAUUGUCCUUGACGAGCCUACCAACUAUCUCGAUCGUGACUCUCUCGGUGCCCUGUCCAAGGCCCUGAAGAAGUUCGAGGGUGGUGUCAUCAUCAUUACUCACUCUGCCGAGUUCACCAAGGACUUGACUGAGGAAGUCUGGGCUGUCAUGGACGGCAAGAUGACACCUUCCGGCCACAACUGGGUCCAGGGCCAGGGUUCUGGUCCUCGUCUCAAGGCUGACGAUGGUGAUGAGGAGGAGAAGUUCGAUGCCAUGGGUAACAAGAUUGUCACCACCAAGAAGAAGGUCAAGCUGAGCUCUUCUGAGGCACGAAAGAAGAAGAAGGAGCGUAUGGCCCGCCGAAAGCGUGGUGAGGAGGUGUUCAGUGACGAGGAUGAUCUGUAAACGCAUAUAUUCCGCGACACCUUUACUCUACCAUGUCUUGUGACGACUUCUCUUGAUGACUACAUACCAUUUUCCUUUGUCAUGCGUUGAUCAAAAAAAAGUUACGGGUGCGUCUUUGGUAAUGGAUGACUGCACUUUUGGCUUCCCGAUAGACGGAAAGCUUUGUUAGACUACCGCCAUGGAGGAACGAGGAAAUGACACGGGGGAUUGGAGGAUCCCAACUGUGUUGAGCCCUCGACUUGGUGGGUUGGAGAUUGGCAACUAGUUAGAGCCAAAUAGACUUGAUUACGAUCAAUCUGUGUUUUGACCAAAUGUGAAUGCUGUUGCGAAC